AGCGAGCAACUUCAGCACCAAUCAGCACUGGACUUCCGAGCGAAACGAAGCUUCUUUCAUGAAGCCAUCAGCAAAUAGCUUUCAGUCUUACUAGUCGACAGUGCAUUGAGUGCUGCCUACCUGAAAAAUGGCUUGAUAUUGUAACAAUUAUUAACAGUCUCUAUCUAUCCUCUAAUGUAGUUAUUGGUUGUGACGUCGUUAAAGUUGGGGAUCGCGAGCACCGCUCUCUUGAUGAGAUAGGAUAGCUACUGUUGGUUGGUAGGCAAUAAGAUUGAGGGAGAGAGAGAGAGAGAGAACGAGAGAGAGAGAAAGAGAGAGAGAGAGAGAGAGAACAAGUGGUAGAAAAGAGAGAUUCGCGCGCGCGGAGUCUUCUCCUCGCCAGUCUGUAGCUCUCGAGCGGCAGGGAGGCAUUGUCUCGUGCUAAAAGGAUAUAUUUCUCCGCCACUUUCAUUUAUCCUGUUUUCUCCCUCGGCAUUUUAUCAACGCGAAGAUGCACCGUCCUGGGCUGGUCUCAACAUUCACGUUAACGUCAAUGCUGUGGAUUUUUAACAGUUUCCGCAGCCUGCACGGAGCUCUCCCUUUCGCACAGAAGUGUGAGGAGGCUCUCUCCUCUCCUCUCCCUCACACUGCCUUCACUGCCUCCUCAGUCUUCACCAGUGGAUACGCUCCAGGCUACGCCAAGCUCAACCGGAGAGGAGGUGCGGGGGGCUGGUCUCCCCAGGACAGCGACAGCUACCCGUGGCUCCAAGUGGACCUGGGCAACCGGAGACAGGUGGUUGCCGUGGCAACACAGGGCAGGUACAGCAGCUCUGAUUGGACGACGAGGUACAGGCUGCUCUACAGCGACACGGGCAGGAACUGGAAGCCUUAUCACCAGGACGGAAACAUAUGGGCGUUCUCAGGCAACUCCAACACGGAGAGUGUGGUGCGACACGACCUGGCAAAAGGCAUCAUGGGCCGGUUCCUGCGUUUCGUACCGCUGGACUGGAGUGGAGAGGGGCGCAUCGGUCUCCGCAUAGAGGUCUACGGCUGUUCCUACUGUGAGUACAAACACACACACACACAAAGGAUUCUGGUGUGUGUGUGUGUGUGUGUGUGCGUGCGUGUGUAUGUGUGUUUUCCUCUCCUCUCAUCUUCAGGUUCGGUUCUUAACGACGGCCAAUGGCACACGGUGCGUCUGGUUGCUAAGGAGAACUCGGUCUUGUUGACAAUCGAUGGUGACGAGGCAUCAGCGAUCCGAACCACCACACCUAUCACCAUCAGGACCGGGGGAACAUACCACCUGGGAGGGUACUUCCUGCCUACCUUAGCCCCACCCACCCAGAAGUCGUUUCAGGGCUGCAUGCAGGCAAUUCUAUUGGACGAUCAGCCGGCUGAUAUGCAUGCCGUGGAGAAAGGCAUGGUGGGAGCAUUUGAGAACGUCAGCUUAGACAUGUGUGCCAUUAUAGACAGGUGUAUGCCUAACCAUUGUGAGCAUGGAGGCAGGUGUAAACAGACCUGGGACAGGUUUAGCUGCACAUGCGACGGAACCGGAUACACUGGAGCCACCUGCCACACUUCGGUGUUUGAACAGAGUUGUGAGGCGUAUAAACACCUGGGAAGAUCUUCAGACACAUACUGGAUAGAUCCGGAUGGGAGUGGGCCACUCGGACCUUUCAAAGUCAACUGCAACAUGACAGAAGACAAGGUGUGGACUACUGUGGUAAAUAAUCUACCAGCCCAGACCUCAGUGACCGGCUCUAGCAGAGAGAGACGCACUGUGCUGCAACUCAACUACAGUGCGUCUAUGGAACAGGUCACAGCUAUUACCACCAGUGCAGAACACUGUGAACAACACGUGUCGUACGGCUGCCUCCUGUCCCGACUGCUCAACACACCCGAUGGGACCCCCUACACAUGGUGGGUGGGUAGGAGCAGUGAGAAACAUUUCUACUGGGGAGGAUCAGGGCCGGGGAUACAGAAGUGUUCCUGUGGUAUUGACAGGAACUGCACUGACCCCAAAUAUGACUGUAACUGUGACGCUGACCACAAACAAUGGAGAGAGGACAGUGGUCUGUUGGUGUAUAAGGACCAUUUGCCAGUCAGUCAGGUUGCCGUGGGUGACACCAACAGGCUGGGUUCAGAGGCAAAGCUCACAGUCGGGCCGCUCCGUUGUCAAGGAGACCGUAACUACUGGAACGCAGCAUCAUUCACCACGCCCUCCUCCUACUUGCAUUUCUCCACUUUCCAGGGAGAGACCAGCGCUGAUAUCUCCUUCUACUUCAAGACCAGCGCUCCCUAUGGGGUGUUCCUGGAAAACCUCGGCAACACAGACUUCAUACGCCUCGAACUGAAAUCUCCUACUGUCAUCUCCUUCUCCUUUGAUGUGGGGAAUGGCCCCGUGGAAUUGGCCGUCCAUUCAGCCACGCCCCUCAAUGAUGACCAAUGGCAUCGCGUCAUGGCAGAGCGGAACGUGAAGGAGGCGGUGCUACAGCUGGAUCUGAACUAUAGGGAAGCUCGUCCCGCCCCUCCACAGGGACACACACGGCUAGAGCUGUUUAGUCAGCUUUAUGUGGGUGCAGCAGGGGGUCAGAGGGGGUUUCUGGGAUGUAUCCGCUCACUCAGGAUGAAUGGCGUGACCCUUGACCUUGAGGAGAGGGCAAAGGUAACUCCAGGUGUAAAGCCAGGCUGUCAGGGUCAUUGUACCAGUUAUGGGAUGUACUGCAGGAACGGAGGAAAGUGUGUGGAGAAAUAUAAUGGCUACUCCUGUGACUGCACUGCCACGGCAUACGACGGACCCUUCUGCACCAAAGAUGUGGGGGGCUUCUUUGAGGCUGGGACUCUGGUGCGAUACGACUUCCUGUCAGAGUCAGCCAAUCAGGACACAAGGUUUGUGGCCCAACCUUCGACUCCACAGGAAGUGAAUCUGACAGGAGAAGAAGUAGCGUUUAGCUUCAGCACGUCCAACACACCAGCUAUACUGCUGUACGCCAGCUCCAAGACACAAGACUACCUGGCUCUGGUGCUACGGCAGAAUGGAACUCUCCAGGUGCGGUAUAACCUAGGCGGACUCAAGGAGCCGUUCACCAUAGACGUAGACCAGCGUAACCUAGCUAACGGACAGCCACACACCAUCAACAUGUCCAGAAGCAACAGGACUAUCACCAUACAGUUGGACCACUACCCCCCUGUCAGUUACUCUCUCCCAGAGGCAUCAGACACACAGUUCAACCUGGUCAAGACAUUGUUCUUGGGGAAAGUAUUUGAGACCGGCGUGAUAGACCCAGCGCUUAUAGAGCGUUAUAACACUCCAGGGUUCAUAGGCUGUCUGUCACGCGUCCAGUUCAACGGAGUCACACCCCUGAAAACAGCCCUAAGAAACCUUGUAGCAGACAGACCAAUAGACAGACAUCCAGACAAACCGACAGACAGACAGUCUGUGCCAGUGUCCUACCAGGGUAAGCUGGUAGAAUCUAACUGUGGAGCCUCGCCUCUCACCAUCCCACCAAUGUCUGCUGCCACCGAUCCUUGGCGCCUGGACUCAGGUGCAGAGUUCCCAUUUAAUGAAGAGAGAGUGAUCCCAGAUGGAGUCAACAGGAACUCAGCUAUUAUAGGAGGUAUCAUUGCCGUGGUGAUCUUCACCAUCCUGUGCACGCUGGCGUUCCUGAUUCGCUACAUGUUCCGUCACAAGGGCUCCUACCACACCAAUGAGUCGAAAGCGGCGGAGCCUGCCAGUGGCGAAUCAGCUGACACCACCAUCAUCGGCACCGACCCCAACCCAGAGACCAUCGAUGAAUCAAAGAAAGAGUGGUUCAUCUAACUGCCAAUAGAAAGACAGAGAGAGAGAAGGGGUGGCUGUGUAUCUAACCAACAAUCACAUGAGAAUUGGAGAGUGGGAGUUUCAUCUAUUGACCAAUCACAGGAGAGAUGGAGAGAGAUGUCAUCCAAUAGUGUCCCUACUGAAUGGAGGAGGGGGUGGAAGUGGGUAAAGAAUGGUGUACAGAAAUCAGAUUUUUUUUUCAUAAAAGCAGAAGAGAGAAGAGAGUCUAUUGGAACGUUGCGUUGAGAGACUAAAUCUGUACAUAGUAACUGAUGAGUCCUUCUUUGUAUUGUAUUUGGGAGUUGUCAGGAGUCCUUUGAAUACAUAAUAGAUAUAUAAUAACAAAUCUGUAUCAAAUACAUAUCUCAAGUACAUCAAAAUGUAAUUAAUUCAGCUUGGAGUUUGCACUUUUGGGACUAUUCUCUUGUCUCCAUUGUACCAAACUAAAUCAAACUCAAUUACCACGGCUCAAGUUAUUUGACUUAUGUAUUUGACCUCUGUAUAUUAAUAAUAAUAAUAACCACUGGAUCAUACACUAGCACAGACUUGUUUGUUUUUUAAAGGGGCAAUCAGGAGUUGCUACAUCCAUUAUUGGACUUAUAAAUUCAUUAUAUGUACCCAUUGAUUCUUGAAGAAUGUAACUUAUAAAUGUCUCAUGAGCUUAGUUCAACUGUCGUACCCAAUCAGAACCUGAAAUAUAAGCUUGUUUUACUCCAAUGUUUGAAAGCAAAGUAAAUGUAAACAAACACUAUAUUGGCCUCAAAACAUGAUUAUAACUAUAAUGUUGAUAUCAUGGAUGGUCAGUCCUUGCAUUCAUAGCUCUGUCUAUGAAUUUGAGAGUUUCUCCAGCCCCAUCCCUAGGCUUUUUACGGAAACAGGCAAGGGGACACUUUGUUUUUAUUUCUACUGCUGAUUGCCGCUUUAAACUGAGAUCUGACAGAUUAUGUUAAAUCAUCUGUUUCUAAGUUUAACAUUUCUGUUGGUCACACUUACAUGUUCAUUUUCCAUAUACACCCCACAAAACAGUCCCUCCAUGUGUUAUAUCAGAAACAUGGAUGUCAAAAGUCAUGCUGUAAAUAGGUUUGAUUUAUAUUUCAAUAUGUUUAUUUAUUCAGCAACACUGGUACUCUACAUUUACAAGACAUUUCAGAUAGUAUAUGGAAUAUUCCUAAGCAUAGCACAUGUAUGAGAGAGAAGUUUACUUUAAUUUAAUUAUGACAUUAGAUUGUAUCAACGAGAAUUCCUUCUCAUCGAUGACUGGAGAGGAAUGUCUCAAAGCAUGAUGGGGAAAACAUAGAUAAACACUCUGCAUGGCAGAUGGCUUUCUUUCCUUCCUGUGAGUGAACUUUCAGUGUGUAUUCUGUUGCCAAACACUUCAGUCUUAUGUUCUCAUGUUUGUUUUCCAAGAUUGAUCAAUUCGAUCGCUCAUGAAACUUCUAAUACCGAGAGUUUGUCUCGUGAGACACAAUGAGAACGAGAGAAGGCUAGACAUCUUACCUUAUGUUGAAAGUGUUGUGUUUGCGUGUAGACAGGGUCGGUGGCAUAGAGGGGUGUAGCCUGCGUUCCAUAGGACAAGGCUUUGUGGUAGAGCGUGAGGGUUCGAGGUCUGGUCGUACAGUGUUUAAUGGUUUAACCCACCGUGCCUUCAGGAGUCAGCCACGAUCCUUCCUCUAGGCGACACGACACGGUUACACAGCACCGUAGUGGUAGAGACAGACCCAUGUCAGCGCCAGUCAUUUUCCUUCUUUCUUUUUUUAGACAUGUACAUAUUUUUGAUAUUCAUAUUUAUUUAUCAUGUCUAUCAUUCGUUCCAAAUGUUUACUUCAUACCGGUGUUACCCGGAUACAGUGUGAUGAUGUCAUGACUGCCAUUUUUGUAGCUUGUUGUCAUGGUUCAUUUUUCUUUUUUUUCAUUGUUCUUUUUUUCUGUAUUGCUUUAUAAAAUGUUGUGAAAUGUUUGUAUAUCGUCUCGGAAAAUUCCACACUAAGGACACCAUAACCCACACAGAGAAGACGGAGACUAAAAUCACCAAGACAAGGCCGUCAUCCGUCACCAAUAGAUAUGUCUGUUGGUGGGUUUAGCCAUCUAAUGUUCGUUGUCAUGCCACAUCUAGCCACCAGGCUACUGUCAGUCAUCUCAGUCUUGCGUUCAGCUCUGUACAGUUCAAUAAAGACCGUAUUUACAUCCAGG